UCAGUAGAAGAGCAUAGUGCGGCUUCGUCUUCCUCUUGAAUUCUCUCUAUCUCGAAAGACUGUGGCUAUGAUGUUAUCCAUGGCUGUUCAUCUCCCGCCCAACUUCAAUUUCUGUCUCAAUACCUCCACCUUCUCUUCCCACAACGCCACUUCUAAACCCUAUCAACUCCCUUUUGCUUUGAAGCAAAGAACCACCGCUCUCUCCUCUCCCUCAUCUUCGAUUUCUUCCUGCAUUGCCGACGUCUAUUCUGUUUCUGGAUUGAAGUUGAGGCGCCAAAGCUUCAGAACUCUCCAAGUCUCUGCUUCUGCUGCGGCCGCUGACGCUGUUCAAGCUGAUUCAGAAUCGCCUGUUGCUGAUGAUUCCCUUUCAGAGUCCUCGCCUGAUAAGGAGAAACUUGGAGUGGUUGUGAAACCGAUGGAAAAGCCACGGCUUGUUCUGAAGUUCAUAUGGAUGGAGAAGAACAUUGGCAUUGGACUUGAUCAGAUGAUUCCUGGUCAUGGAACUAUUCCUCUUAGUCCAUACUACUUCUGGCCUAGGAAAGAUGCAUGGGAAGAGCUCAAAGUUUUACUUGAGAGCAAGCCCUGGAUUUCUCAAAAGCAGAUGAUUAUCCUUCUAAAUCAGGCAACUGACAUCAUCAAUUUGUGGCAGCAGGGUGGAGGCAGCCUGGCCUAAUCUCAAAUGUAAAAAGUUUCGGAAAUUUUUUGAUAGUGCUCUUAGAUUGUGACUAUUCUUGAAUCCUACGGCUGUUCUGAUGUCCUUUCUCGUAUGUUAUGAAGUAAUAUUAUAAUCUAUGAAUGACUCUUUUAUUGUAUAUUUUGUUGGUUAUGUAAGCCAUCUGCAGUUCUCAUUUCCCAUCGAAAAGUUUG